AUGCUCUCCCCGUGCGGCGGAUCCAAGACGGUCCAGCGCAAGCUGGUGCUGCUAGGCGACGGCGCCAGCGGCAAGACGUCCCUCCUCAACGUCUUCACCCGAGGCUACUUCCCGACCGUCUACGAGCCGACCGUCUUCGAAAACUACGUCCACGACAUCUUCGUCGACAACGUCCACAUCGAGCUCUCGCUCUGGGACACGGCCGGCCAGGAGGAGUUUGACCGCCUGCGGUCCCUGUCUUACGACGAUACCGACCUCAUCAUGCUCUGCUACUCGGUCGAGAGCAAGGACUCGCUCGAGAACGUCGAGUCCAAGUGGGUCGGCGAGAUUGCCGACAACUGCCCCGGCGUCAAGCUCGUCCUCGUCGCCCUCAAGUGCGACCUCCGCGAGGCCGACGACUACGACGUGGCCGAGGCGAGCAACGCCGCCGACGGCGAGCAGCCGGCCGAGAAGGGGCCCAUCAUCAGCUACGACCAAGGCCUCGAGGUGGCCCGGAGGAUAGGCGCGUCGCGCUACCUCGAGUGCUCCGCCAUGAAGAACCGGGGCGUCAACGAGGCCUUUACCGAGGCGGCCCGCGUCGCCCUGAGCGUCAAGAAGGAUCGCGAGGACGGCAAAUGCUCCGUCAUGUAG